GGAUUUAUACACCAGAAGAGGUUGUGAUAUGAACCUCGAGGAAGAAACUUUAUGUGAAAUGUUUGGAGGAGAUGAUUGAUUCAAGUUUGUGCACCAUAUAAUGGAGGAACAACUAAGGUUACUUUGAACAAUGCCCUAAAGGAUGUGUAUGUGAGUUCUCUCCUCCUCCUUACCUGUAAACUGAAGUAGCAUCUUUUUACUUAGUAAUUAAGUAGUGUUAUAAUAUAUGGUCGAAUGUCACAACCCACAAUGUUGCUUUCAGUGGGUAGGUUGGUCCACGAGUAAAAGAUUCAGGAAGUGAUAUUCUAUUAGCAAAAAUGCAACCAACCAAACCCUUUUGUCACAAGAAUAUUAAUAAUCAGCCGAUCGGUGAGUUCACUCUCUCUCUCUCUCAUUGUUGUUGUGUAUCGUUCAAAGAUCUCACGAAAACAAUGGCUGCUAGCUUCUUGUGGGCUUCGAGGGUUGCUUCUCAUCUAAGGACCUCCGUUGCCCAACGAGGAUUUUCUUCCGGUGAAACUCAGUCCCAUUCCUUUCUCUCUGUUUCAUUUCUUUGGUUUCUCUCUCUCUUAUUGAAUCUGAUAUUGUUCUUUUUGAAAGUAUGUGUCUUUGAUAGUAAAUGUGUUUUUGAUAGUGAUAUCAAUUCUCCAGUCUCUGGUACUGUGGUUGAAGUCAAUGAGGUGUUGACUGAGUCCCCUGAAUUGGUGAAUCCUGCGGUCUCGAGCCCGUAUGAAGAAGGAUGGAUCAUAAAGGUGGAGCUGAGUGAUGCAGGCAAGGCAGAGAAGCUGAUGGAUUCAGACAAGUAUUCUAAGUUCUGCGAAGAAGAAGAUGCCAAGCACUGAGCCUUUUUCUCUCAAAGGAAGAUCGAAACGAAAUCUUGAUCUAUGUAGAUGGAUGAAUCACGAAAAUUCUGAAGAUGUCGAUCUCUGCUUUUUCUUUAGAAGUUCUUUUGUACGUGUUGUUUAAAUAAUGGUAAAGAAAAGAAGGUUUGGAAUUUACAUUGAUUUGAUCUUUCAUAUUGAGUUAGGCCUCUUUGGUUCUCAUUUGGUCUCUUUACUUUAAUUGAAUCUUUUUUUUUUCUUUCCCAUUCUUUGGGAUAAA